CCAGAAUGGCAAAUGCAAACAGCGAAAAGACAUCGUCGACAGCGCUGCACGCAAAUGGAGGACCGAUGACCUCGACAACAGCAGCCACUGUCACAAGUUCAUCUACUACUAAUCCCGAUGCUGAUUGGUCGCUCCAUCCGUCUGGGAAAUAUUACAUUAGCAAGUCAAGUCCAUGGUGCUACAGUGAGGCUUCUGGGUACUUUUACUUUGAUUCAAGCGGUAGGAUAAUAAAGCAAGAUGAAGAAUCCAAGCGUGAGGGAGAAACAGACACUGGGAAGGCUGCAAACGACGCGAGGGUCGAGCCAGUUGAACAGCCACAGUCUGGACCCAACAGCCGGGACGAAAAGUUCAGGAGUUCAAAGGGAAAGCUUUCAAUACUGAAGUUGGAAGAAGGGGAAAUUGGAGAGGAUGCGGAGACUGACAAAGUGGCGAAGGCCAUGGUCCGAAGUGGCUACAUACCGAUGGAAGACCGUCGGCACUACUACCACCCAGACACAGGCUACGUGUACGACACCUUAACCUCGUCGUAUUCAUUCUGGGACGAAGCGACCAAAUCGUAUGUACCUGUGCAAGACAACGGCCAGGCCGCUCCGCAGAGCAAUGCCAUGAUGAAACUGGUUGUUAUACAGUCGAAGCUCUUGGAGCCAGGUUCAAUUAUACUGGUGGAUGCAACGGGGCUAACAGUUGGGAGAGACAAAGCCUUUGAGCGACGUUUAGUCCUUAAUGAAAUCUCGGUUAGCCGGUUUCAUUGCACAAUUUAUGUCAACCGGAUAGUUGAGCCAUUGGAGCCUAUUCCAAAUCGGCAGGCUGUCGAAGAACAGGAACCGGACACUGAUGCAACCGUGGAAAAAGCGAAUGAGCGAGAACAGAUUGACUUUAGCAGUGCUCUAGAACGUGCUAAAGCGAUUGCUGCUAGACUGACGGCAGACCUAAAAUCACGCGACACAACCCCAAUUCGGUCAACGUCUCCAACCCAUGGAACCAAGCGUGUUUUUUCAGACGUGGAGGACUAUCGGUCCUCAUCACCCGCGGAUAGUUUCCGCAGCAACACAAAGAGAAGCAGAGCGGGACCGCGACCACCUGAAAAGCGAUUCAUGGACUGCUUUUUUGUAACGGAUGGAGGAUCAACUCAUGGGACAUUCAUAAACGGUGAGAGGUUGAGUCAACCAAAGAUGAGCAGCCAACCUCAUAGAUUACAACAUGGCGAUACGCUUGUAAUCGGCUCAACGACUAUGAAAGUGCACAUACACGCUUCCUGGGGAUGCGACGAAUGCCGAGUGACAUCCACAAAUGUGAUCAGUACCGAGCCAAAGUCAACACCGCCAAAGUCCGCAGACAAUAACACGCCGCAGACUACCAAAGGGGAAAAGACAAAAAAGGGCUCUCUUGAAGUAUCUCGACGCGAAGAACUCCGACGUCUAAAGCGUGAGGCACUAGGCGAAGACGCCGUUACAAAACCACGCGGCAAAAGGACGCAAUACGUUGACCGUGCUGCCAUGCGUCGAAAAAUGCAUGGUGUGGACGCAAGUGUCAUGGAGUUCCGGCAGGAGACUCAGGAGGAAUCCAGUACCCAUAGCUUUACGCCUUCUGUUCCAACGCCUACACACGCGACGCCUAUUACAGCUGCCGACCCUACCAACAUUGGGAGCCGGAUGCUGCAGAAGAUGGGCUGGACCGAAGGGCAAGGCUUGGGUGCUAGCGGGGGUGGAAGGGUAGAUCCUGUGGCUGUUUCCAUGCGGAUGGGAAGACAAGGGUUGGGAAUGGGGACACCUGAGGAGGAUAACAUUGGCGGAAUGAGUGGAAGAAAGGAGACGUUGUAUGAAGCGACGAUGAGAAGGGCUAGAGAAAGAUUCAAUGAGAUAAAUAAUGAUUGA